GUAGGUGAUGAUACCUUUGUAAGACAUGAAAGCUCAAUGUUGCAUCUGUGCUGAACAUUUUGUCAAUGAUCCGUCAGUGGCCAUAGCAGCUGUCCAGUGUGGUCACACAUUCCACGAAGGUUGUUUAUCCAAAUGGCUAGAGAACUCUAACACCUGUCCCAGCUGUCGAAGUCGGGUUGAUCCUUCUCGAGUUAUAAAUCGUCUCUUUUUUGAUGGGGAAGAUGACAAUGAAAAUGAUGAUACUGAUGUAGGUCAGUUAAAGAACACUAUACAAAGUUUACAUGCAGACAAACGGACAAUAGAGCUAAAGGUGAAAGAACUCAAUGGUGAUAAUGAAUCAUUGCUGAAAAAACUGAAGACAGUGAAAAAAGAGAAAGAUUUAGCAGAAACAAAGUACUUAGAAGAACAAUCCAACAUAUCAAGUCUGAAAAAACAACUACAGUUUUAUCAAGUCCAGCAAAAAUGUAUCGAGAAGGAGAGAGAGACAUGUUCAAAGAUAAAACAGAAGUUUUCACAGUACCAAAAUAUUGAGAGAUUAUUGACAGCAUGUGAAGUUGACAUCAAAGAAACCAUCCAACAGUAUGGAGAAUCAAGUAAGGAAAGUGUCCAGAACCUUGCUACUUAUUGUAGCAUGCUAAAAAGGGAAUAUGACAAGAUCAAAUCUGAGAAGAAAAAUGUCAAGUCAGAAUUUGAAAAGUUCAAACGAGAAAACAUGUCUAAAGAUCAUAUUCUUCGAGAGAAGGAAAGGGAGAUAACUCUACUUAAGGAGCAGCUAGCUCACUCUGAGGAGGAUCUCAAAAAAGUUGAAAAAGAGAAGCAUUCCUUGAAAAGGAAAAUCCUGAAUUAUCGCAAAGCAGUUCAAAGUCCAAAUGGAGAGAAUGUUGCCAGUGUUAGUUUUGUUGAUAAAAUGAUGAGUGAAAGUCCAUUUGGGGGCUUGAAAGACAAUGUGAACACUCCAGUUUUAUUUGAUGAUUCUACAGACAGAGUGAAAGAGGUGGAUCUGGAGGAGUAUGCUAAGAAAUCAGUCUCUCCAGAAAUAUUAAAAUCAACAAGCACUCAAAAUUCUCAGAACAAACGUCCUCACAAUUCAGGAACCGAGGUCAAGUACUUGAAAAUAGGAUCAGCCAGUCAGAAUCCAGUUAAAAGACCGAGAUGUGAAGAUCCUGCAGAAGUUCAGGGACUUAGUCAUUUCAAUAUAUUUAAGAAAAAGUCAGGAGUGGGGGACUAUAGUUCUUCCAUCAGAAAAGGUUUCAAUGGACUGGGUUGUGUAGAGACAUUCACAGAACCCUCAGGGAGACCAAAGCUCUCUGUGCCCAAAAAAUCUGUCAGUCGAGUGAGCAAGAAUGGGAAGAUGCUUAAAGUUCCUUCUUUACCGACUCUUGAUAAUUUUGUUGUGCUCGACUGAUUAUUCCAUUUUCAAUGGAUUUCUACCUCAUUUAACUACUGUGCUAUUGGUAUAAGUAAUUGUUAUUUAAAAAUCAUGACCAACUUGUGUAAAAUUAUUGUUACUGGGGUAUUUGAAAAUCAUGACCAAUUUGGGGUGAAAUUCUUUUUUGUUUAUACUUAAAGUGCUAAUCAGGAUUUUAAAAAUAUAAUUACAACAAUCUGGAAUCGGUCAUUUGUUUAAAAAUGCUUGUGUGAAGAUCCAUGAAAAAUUGUAAAGCUAGUUAAAUCAGCUGUUCACAUCUGUGUCUCUGAGGACCUAUGCAGAAGAGCCAAAGGGAGAGAUGUGUACAUGUAUCUGAUCAAAAAUUAUCUACUUUUUUGCAAGUGAUAUUAAUUUUAUUU